CACUUUUGUGGAAUCUCGUAGCAGAUACGCUAUUGAAGUUACUCAAUAAUGGCGGUUUUCGUACCUACGGAUUUGCCGACGACUAUCUUACAUUGAUAGUGGGUUUGUGCAUUACUACCUUAUUCGACCUGAUGCAAAAUGCUCUUCAGAUAGUUGAAAGUUGGUGUCGCCAAUAUGGCCUUUCGGUCAAUCCGAAUAAAACAUCUAUUGUUCUUUUCACGGAAAAACGUAAUCGUAAUGGUAUUCGUCCAUUACAUCUUUUUGGUUCUGAAAUCAAUGUAACUGAUCAAGUAAAGUAUGUGGGUCUAAUUUUGGAUUCAAAGCUUUCCUGGACUCCUAACAUUGAGUUCAGAAUCAAAAAGGCGUGUAUGGCUUUCGGCCAAUGCCGACGAACCUUUGGUAAAACUUGGGGUCUUAAACCCAAAUAUAUCAAAUGGAUUUACAUAACAGUUGUACGACCAAUUUUGGCUUAUGGAUGUCUUGUGUGGUGGCAAAAGGGGGAAGUGAGGACAAUUCAGUCUAAAUUAGGCCAUCUUCAAAGGAUGUGCCUAAUGGCAAUGACUGGUGCGUUCUCUUCAACUCCCACGGCUGCUCUCGAAGUUCUCUUCGACGUGGCCCACUACACAUACAUCUCAAACAAGAAGCAUUUUCUUGUACUUACCGACUAUGGGUACUCGGUUUUAUGGAAGAGAAUCCUGCAAACCGCAGUUCUACACACACACACUUCGUUGUUACCGCUUAUGGUUAAUUGGGACACAAUUUUCCUUGCUCCAAGUGAUCUCACACACGUUAGUAGUUUUCCUUAUAGGACAUUUUCAACACAAUUCCCCUCGCGGGAUGAGUGGACAUCUGGCUAUUUGGAGAGAAGUAUGUCGGACAGCAUUGUUUGUUACACUGACGGCUCCCUCCUCGAAAGUAGAGCAGGUGCAGGCGUCUAUUCGCGUGAGCUGAGAUUGGAACAGUCACACUCACUGGGUACACACUGCACUGUCUUUCAAGCGGAAAUAUUUGCCAUCAUGUGUGGAGUGCAAUCUGCACUGCAGCAACGCAUUAUGGGCAAAGUAAUAUACCUCUGUUAGAUAGCCAAGCAGCUAUUAAAGCUCUCGCCUCGGCCAACUCAAGGUCGAAGUUAGUAAUCGCAUGUCGAACUCAAAUUGAGGAACUGAAUUCAGUUAAUACUUUACACCUUAUAUGGGUACCUGGUCAUUCUUCCAUAGCUGGAAACGAAUUGGCUGAUGAGUUAGCUCGUAAUGGAGCAUCGCAUGACUUUAUUGGUCCUGAGCCAGCUAUUCCAAUAUCCAAGUGUUGGGUGAAGCUUUUGAUCAACUCUUGGGCUGUCACUCAGCACAAAUGGCAUUGGAGUAGUCUGGAUUCAUGUCAUCAAACAAAAUUGUACAUCCGGGAGCCAUCUCCGGUAGUAGCAAGCUAUUUAGCUAAUCUGUCUAAACAGAAUUGCAGUGUCUUAGUGAAGGCCUUGACAGGUCACUGCCGACUGAACUAGCACAUGGCAAUAUUCAAUAUAGUUGUGAAUCCGAUUAGGGAACUUCUUAUCAUAUAAUAUGUAACUGCCCAGUCUAUGCGCAAAUUCGCUUCCAAAUAUUUGGUAAACAUUUACUUAGUGAAAUUGACUUCAGAAACCUGAACCUUCAGAGUAUUUUGUUGUUCAUAACCCGUUGUGGUAAGUAGCUAUAAGCUCUUGUACGCUUAUGCGUUGUAUGCCCUCUUCAAGGGCCCUUUUUCAAACAUUCCCAUUGUUCUCCCAUCCACAUUCCUUUCCUUUUUGUUCACUUCCUUUUCCGUCAGGUGUGUGAUGAAAAAGGCUGUGAAGGCGAUGGCACAAAUCUCCCAAAUUGAGGUGAACAUGCCCCUGGAGCCGACGUUCUGAUACCUGAUACCUGAUGUAUUAUACAAUUUAUAUAAUUAUUACCGAAAGAUGAAAUUUUACACUAUUGCCAGACAUAUUAUUUUGAUUGUUAUGAUAGUUAUUCAAAACAUUACAAGAAAAAAAAAAUGUUCAUAACUUUGCAUGCAUAACAAUGCAUGUUUAUGAUUUGAUCGAUAGUUCAAUUUCCCGAUUGGUUUCAUG